AAAUCGAAUGUUCCUUGUAGAGAGAAAGAAAAGAAAACCCUUGGCUCUUGGCGGGAGGUAAUGGUCCGUCAUCUCUAGUUCAUUGCCGGACCCUAGUUUUCACUUCUCUCUUCAAUUCCUUCUUCUUCCCUCAAUCUUUUGUUUUCCUUUCUCUUCUCUUCAUCUCUUUAACUUUCCACAAACUCCACUCCCUUAUGCAAACCACCUCUUUCAAUCCACUCUCAAAUUCCCUUCAACUUUCACCCCCAUGGACUCUCCCCGAAACCCAUUUACCUAUCGCUAAUGGGGUCCCCAAUACACUCUGUUUUCGACCUCGAACUGUUACCAGGUCUUUGAGAACUUGCUACAGAGCCGAUGAUGGCAUCGAUGAUGGACCCGGUCCCAGUUCCCCUGUUCGUUUGCCCCUUGUGCUUCGCCGGUCCGGUAGGGUUUCUCAGUACGUGUGGGAUGGGUUUUCUCUGCAGUUGAUUGGCUUUGAUGGUGGUGCUUCCUCUGUUUCUUUUGAUUUCGGUGAUGGGUUUCGAACUUUGUAUAGAGUCUCUGUUUUGGCUGUUAAAGAUUUUUUUAUUCCUAAGAAUGUCAGUGAGCAUUAUGUAAUUUAUGUUAAAUGGAAGCUUUUGCAUCGGGUUUUUAGCUCCGCUCUUCAGGUCAUUGCUACUCAGGCAAUGUUUCGGGCUAUAGGAGUUGGGCAUAGUCGCUCGCUAGCAUCUGCGGCGGCCCUUAAUUGGGUCCUGAAGGACGGACUUGGACGGUUAAGUCGGUGCCUUUUCACUGCUAGUAUAGCAUCUGCUUUUGAUACAAAUUUGAAGAGAGUCAGGUUUUCAACUGCUGUUUUAUUCAGUUUAAGCAUUGGAGUUGAGUUGCUGACCCCGGCAUUUCCCCAGUACUUUUUGCUUCUUGCAUCCAUUGCAAACAUUGUGAAGCAAAUAAGUCUUGGAUGCUACUUAUCAACUGCUUCUGCUGUUCAUAGAAGUUUUGCUGUGGCGGAUAACCUUGGUGAAGUUUCUGCUAAGGCACAGAUUCAAUCAGUGUGCUUUGACAAUUUAGGUCUUGUACUUGCGGCUUUUCUUAACUUCUUGUCCAAGAAUGACCGAAGAUUGCAGGCAGCUUUACCUUUUGUAGUUUACCCCAUUUUUGCUGCAAUGGAUCUUUUUGGAACAUAUCAAGGGCUUAAACAUGUCCAUUUGCAAACACUAACAAAGGAUAGACUUGAGAUCAUAUUAAGUAAUUGGAUCGAGCAAGGAUACGUACCUACACCUGCAGAAGUAAGUGAGAGGGAAGGAAUUGAUUUACUAUGUAGACAAGGCAAGGAUUCAUGGCCUAUCAGAAUAGGUUGCUUGAAUCUUGAGGCUCAUGUACCCAAACUGUCAAUCCUGGCAAUGAGAUCUGUAUGUAGCAAAGACUAUUAUUUUAUAUGCAUGGAUGCCUUCUUCAGGGGUUCAACUACAAAUACACAUGGUAUCCUUCUUUGUCUCCGUGAAGGGGCUCGUGCGACAGAUAUAUGCAUCGGGUUAUUGCAGGCAUGUUUUAUCAGGAAAACAAUUGUAUCAAACACAAGGAUUUGGGAAGAGAAAAUGGUGAAGGGUAAUGAAGUUUCAGAUGCAAUAGCUAAGGAAUGGAUUAAUUUGGUUGAGGAUAGCAAGAAAUAUGCAGAAGAAAAUGGUUGCUUUGUGCUUCAACAAAUGUCAAGCUUAGGAUGGGCAGUUAAGAACGUUUUGCUCAGUACAAAUGAACAAAUAAGAUACAGCUUUGUUGAUGACCCAUGAUUAUGAAAGAGAGAUUCCUUACCAUAAGUUAGAAUUUGUUACUUACUUUUUCUUCUUAAAUGAUUGAUUUAUAUCAUUUUUGUAAUUCUUUACCCAAAUCUUUAAAUGAAUAAAAUUAUAGCUAAAAUAUGCAUUUUGUUCAUAUCUAAGGCCCUAUUUUUGUGGUAUAUAUA